AUAAACAGUAAAGGAAGGAACCACAUAUCUAGGGUUUUGUCGUCGGAAUCUGUGAUCUCUGAACUGAGACAGUUAUGCCGUGUGAAAUGUAAAUGGAGAAGGAAGGUGAGCGCUGUGAUGGCGUAGUUGAUCCUCUCGCUGACUAUUGGGGGCUUUCCCUCUUUCCUUCAAAAUCUGGUUCUGGUGUCCCAUCCUCCGAACCUUACAACCCGGACCACGAUCUUGACGCCAUUCACAACCAUCUCAGAUCUAUGGCCUUGCAAAGUCCCUCUAAACUUGUGGAGCAGGCAAAAUCUAUAGUAGAUGGUAAUCCUGGACUGUUCAACUCUGAAAUUUCAAGUGAUCCAACAUUUGAUGAGAGCAAUGAUGAUGUUUUCGCUGAAGAUGCUGAAGAAUUUCCUCGAAAACGGAGACCGGGCUUAGGCCUCAAGCGUGCACGUUUCUCUUUAAAGCCAACUAGAAACCCAUCUAUUGAGAAUUUGAUACCCAGCUUGGACAUCCAAAACCUGAAAGAUCCAGUGGAAUUCUUCAUGGCCCACGAACGGUUAGAAAAUGCAAAAAGAGAAAUACAGAAGCAGAUGGGUGGUGUAUCAUUUGAGCCAAAUCAGGAUAAUUUGUCCGCUAAACCACGACAACGUCGACCAGGACUUCUGGGGAAUAAUCAGCGACCAAUCAGAUACAGGCAUCGGUAUCCAAUAGAAACUUCUGACAAUAAUGAUCAUGUUCCAUCCUCUCAAGAGGCAUUUGGAUCUGACAGUCUUGAUCCUGUUGGUGAGAACAAUGACAAAGGUGGAGCUUGUCUUACAUCAUUGGAAAAUGAAGUAACCGAUUCAUCUACUAUUGAAGAAAACAAGCUCAAUGAUAUAUUGGAUGGAUUGCUUAGUUGCAAUUCUGAAGAUCUAGAGGGGGAUGGGGCACUUACUAUUUUGCAGGAGAGGUUACAGAUCAAACCCAUUGUUGUAGAGAAAUUAUCUGUUCCGGACUUCCCAGAUGACCAAGUGAUUGAUCUAAAAUCUUUUCGAAGCAACUUGUCAAAGCCAAGGAAGGCUUUAUCCAACAUAGAUAAUUUGUUGAAAGGAAUGAAUAAUAAGACACCUCUUAGACAGGAUGUAGGAUGCCCUGUGCAGCAGUUAGCUUCACCCACUCCACCAAGAAGUCCAUUUGCUUCAUUGUCAGCAUUGCAGAAGCACAUUUCACGGUCAAAGCCAUCAGUAGAUCCAUUUUCAGCUCGAGAAAUUGAUCAUUUAUCCAGAAGAAACUAUUCUCCGACUAAUAUGAUAAACCAGGAUUUCAAUCUAGUUGGUUCUGGGAAGCCAUCAAAUGAACUGAAUGCACAUAUAAUUGAACAUGUUACUGCCGUAAGUAAGACAAGUUCAGUUUUGGAUACUGUCAGAAAUUGUGCCAGUACUUCUGAAAAUUCCAAGGAAGAUAAUUCUGAGAAGUCAUCAAAUAAACUGAAUGAAGCAUUAAUUGAAGAUAUGUUUGCCGUUAGUCAGACCAAUUCGGCAGAGGACAUUGUUAGAAACUGUACCAGUACUUACCAAAUGUCCACGGAGGAUAAUCCAAUGGAACCUGGGUUUGGGGCUAAUAUUGACUCAAAUGAACCUCAUAUUGACAUGGAUGUGGAAAUUGGAGGCAGUGGUAAGGGUAAAAGUAUUAUCGAUGACAUGGUAGGCAGGUCAAAUAUGGAGGCAAAUGAACCUUGUCAAUUUGAGGACAAAGUACCAGAAAAUGUGCCGGCAUCUGCAGCUUCUAUGCCAACAGAUGAUAGGAAUUUCAACUUGGUGAAUCCACUAGCUGAUCAAUCAAGUCCUGCUGGGUUUCAAGCCAAUACUAUGGAUAAAUGCACCAGAAGAUCAGAUGAUGGUCCAGAACAGUAUUUGCAGGAAAAGACAGACGGUACUAUGGCGCCUGUUAAUGGACAAAGGAGAGUUAAAUCACGUUCGCAAAGAAAAUCUAAGGAUAAAAGACUUCCACGGAGGCAGAGCCUUGCAGCUGCUGGUACAUCAUGGAAGUCUGGAUUAAGGAGAAGCACCAGGAUCAGGACAAGGCCUUUGGAAUACUGGAAAGGAGAACGAUUGGUGUAUGGUCGCGUACACGAAAGUCUGGCUACUGUCAUUGGGGUGAAGUGUAUGACUCCAGGAAGUGAUGGGAAACCAACUAUGAAGGUGAAAUCUUACGUAUCGGAUAAUUACAAAGAGCUUUUGGAGUUGGCUUCUUUAUAUUGAAAGUAAAAUACAUUCUGCCAUAUUUUCUUGAACGUCCUAUUCUAGUGUAUCUUUUGGGGGAAGAUUCUACGGUGCUCUUAGACUAAAGAGCUGCAUGGAUAUUAUGGAAUUGUCAUGCUAUUAUCAGUAAAGUGUAUUUUGUAAUAAACUCAUGUGAUGGUUAUCUAUUUUUAAAGCCCCUUGUAUUAUUGUUAUGUACUUUAUAGUCGAAUUUAGUCAUCAUUAUUAGAGUUCGAAACGAAAUCAAAGAAUCCAGAAAUGCUGCACCAACGCGACCAGCCAUCACGGCAAGCCCCUGUCGUGAUCCACUCCUAAACCCUGCGCACCUCCACCACACCUGUUCCUCGUUCA